AUGAAGCUGUCUGUAAUGCAAUGCGCCGUGAUAGAUUUUUGCAAAUAUGUCGCUGAUAAUACACAAAUUGAUGCUAAAGAUAAGGCUUGGAAAAUUAGACCUCUUAUGAAUAUGAUAAAAAAUAAAUGCUUAGAAAAUUUUGUACCUCAAAAACAACUUGCUUAUGACGAAUCAACGGUGAAGUACUUUGGUAAGCAUGGAUGUAAGCAAUUUAUUAGAGGCAAACCAAUACGGUUUGGUUACAAAAUGUGGUGUGUAAAUACGAAUGAUGGUUAUCUUGUAAAUUUUGAAUUGUAUCAAGGCAAAGAUCCUCGUGAAAAUGAAAAAUAUAAUUCAGUAUUUGGAAAGGCAGUAUCACCCCUUAUUUUAAUGCUUGAAGAUUUACCCGAGUCUAAAAAAAAUUUACCAUACUCAUUGUACAUGGAUAACUUAUUUACUGGGUUAAAUGUUUUUAAUUAUGUCAAAUAUUUGGGUUACUCAGCGAUUGGUACUAUACGGCAGAAUAGAAUACCAAAAAAUUGUCCUUUGACCGAAAAAAAAAAAUUUUCAAAAAAAGAACGUGGAAGUUUUGAAACUGCAAUAGAAAAAAAUAAGGGUAUUUUGUUGGUUAGAUGGAUGGAUAAUGCAGUUGUUACAAUGGCUUCCACUGAUGUCGGCACUGAAAAUGUAUCAAGUGUAAGAAGAUAUUCACAAAAACAUAAAAAACAUAUAAAUGUAAGUCGCCCUAAACUUAUUGCUCAAUAUAACCAGUAUAUGGGUGGAACUGAUCAGAUGGAUCAAAACAUAGCCACUUAUAGAAUUGGGGUGAGAGGUAAAAAAUGGUGGUGGCCAAUUUUUACUUGGCUAUUGGAAAUUCCAAUGAACAACAGUUGGUCUUUGUACAAAAAAGUUAACUCUAAACAAAUUACCCAGUUGGAUUUCCGCCGCGAACUAGUGCUUACAUAUUUACAAAGAUAUGGGGUAGCUCGAAUAGGUGCAGGAAGACCAUCAAAAUCUCUAUCAUCAUCCGACAGUCGUGUUUCCGAUGAUAUUAGAUAUGAUCGUAUGGACCACUUAGUUUCAUAUACUCAAGAGAAGAAAAGAAGGAGGUGUGCAAGAGAUGGCUGUAAAUCGGUAGGACGGACAAUGUGUGUGAAAUGUGACGUUGGAUUAUAUAUCGAUUGUUUUGCUAAUUUCCAUAAAAAAUAA